ACAACACAGGAUGUGGAGGUGUUGCAAACAUUCAGAAAACAGUUUGGAGGAAGCGCAAUGCACGGAUGGGGGGCCAGCGGCGUCUCCCCAGUUCCCACACAAGGCAUUCUGGGUCAGCCUCUCAGCCUCUCUGCUCCUGGUCAUCAUCGCCCUCGGACUGACGGGGCACCUCGGGCUGCCGCAGCUGCACUCUCAGCCUUCAAAGAUUGUCCGAAUCACAGUCCCAGAUCAGACUGGAGCUCUGAUCAACCAGUCGACUGUUGUGGACCAGCGGAACGACCUGGUGACCUUUUCCGUGACCUCACCAGCCAAUCACACGUCCACUGUGCUCUUUGAUAUCAAACAUGGUUUGAUAUGUUACAAACCUGUGGAGCAGGAGAGCUGCUUCCUGCGUAAGAUGGAGAAGUCCGACUACGACAACGUGCACUCCCUCCUCCACCAGUCAACGCACAAGCAGAAUCAGUUCCAGCUGUCGGGGAAUGACACCCAGAGGCAGACAGAGUUCCUGGCGGUGCUGGGAGCCAGUCAGGUGGACGUGUCCACCUUGGACAAGCCGGUCCAAGAUCUGUGUCUGGGCAGCUCCGUCCACUGGACCAGGAGGGCUAACGGCCCCGGCAAACAGAGACUGGUCUACUUCUGCAUUGACAUCUGCUUUCCCAGCAACAUCUGUGUGUCUGUGUGUUUCUACUACCUACCAGAGUGAACAUAUUCUAGUCUUCUCCUCUCCUCCAACCCCCCGCACCAGCCAAGAUCAGGGAAACAAAGUCUCCUUCUCAUCACCCUGCUAAGCCAAGAGAAACCACAGCUCAAAAAAAAGCAGAACACCUUCAAGGGGGUCAGAACAGAAGCCAGCAUUGAGUGUUUCCCUUGUGCCACACAGCCGCCAGUGAACCAGUGAACCAGCCAACCCUGUUAGUACAUUUCCUCCCUUCCUUCCUUCCGAGAGAGAAGAGAUGGAGACAGGCUGUCACUGUUAUUGCCAAAGCCCCGUCGUCACUCUCGUCAUGUGUAAUUCCCUCUGGUGGCACACUUUUGAGAUUAUAAAAGAAAGAUCCCCUUUUUGUUUUGUGUUUUUGGUAUGUGCCUCUUAUUGUAUUUCCUGUAACCCGCUGCUGAAGAGUCAUUAUGUGUAACCGUUGCUUGUUGGGAUGCAGUGUUGUGAUCUGUCCAAUAAAUAAAAGACUGUUGGGUAUUUUGGGCUGUUUUGUUCUCAGUGGACGGAGAGAGGGAAGAUGAGGGCAAAACUCAAGGACAGUACGGACUUAGA